AUGACGGAAGUCAGCAACAUUUCUGAUCUACCUACCAAGGUGCCAACAGAGACGCCGUCACCUCCAAACGAGUUGGAUGCUGGUGGCCACUCAGAUGUCAAGUUCGACAGCGUGUUCCCCAACGACGAACAGCAGAUGGAAUUCACCACUACCUUUUGCUUCUACUGGACAGCAAACUAUUUCUGGCUCCAAUUAAAGACAACGUUCAGGAAGUGGGACUUUGGCGAUCAAUUCCCAAGUGCCGAGGUGAUUGGCACCGAUCUUUCACCCUGCCAGCCCCAAUGGGUUCCUCCCAACGUCCGCUUCGAAAUAGAAGACGCCAGCCAAAUUUGGACCUGGGAAGACAACCACUUCGACUUUGUUCACAUUCGCUAUCUAUUCGGCGCACUCACGGACUGGAACCAUGUAUUUGAACAAGCCUACCGUUGUUGCGCACCCGGAGGCUGGGUCGAGUCUGUCGAGGCCGACGUACGGCUUUGCAGUGAUGAUGGCACUUUAGAUCUCGAGCCUGUCUGGGCGACGACUACCAAGUUAUUGGAAGAGGGAGGUAAAGUCCUAGGACGACAGUUCUUUGUUAGUGAGCAGCAGAAACAAGGGAUCGAGAACGCUGGCUUUGAAGAUGUCAAGGUUGUGGACUACAAGGUAAGCAUGGCAUUAUUAUUACAGAAAGUGAUGCUCAUUGAACCCUUGCAGGUUCCGGUCGGGGGAUGGCCUAAGGACCCAGCUAUGGCUGAAGUCGGUCGCUUUAUGCUGCAGACACUCUUGAAUGACCCAGAAGGUUACUCGUUUGUGCUAUGGAAUCAUGUCCUCAAGUGGCCUGAGGAUGAGUAUCAGAUUUUCCUCAUGCAGGUGCGCAAGGCCUUGCGGAACCGAAAAGUCCACAGUUACAUCAAGGUCCGAUAUGUCUAUGGCCGCAAGCCGCAGUAA